UCUGACGCAGCUAACGCAAAUACCUGCGCACUGUUUGUAGCGUUAGAGCUCGUGCCUGGUUUGUAUUAGAGUAUUUGCGCCGGUGAGUAAAUGUCUAAGCUUUACUUAACUAUAACAGCAGCUAUCGCUCACAAAGAGAGGCAGGGGGACUGUUAAAUCAUAUCGCUAGUCGAUAGCUAGUUUGUCCUCAUUUUAUUUCGCACGAACUGUUGGGUGGAGAGGAGGCACUGCACAUGCUAAGCUAUGGUAAAGCAGGUGCUGUUAUUCGGUUCUCCAACUGGAGCUUUCCCACUAAACGAAACUCUUCAGCAGUGCUUUAAAGUUGCUAUGUAAUUAUAUAUAUGUUUUACAGAAGACGAUAAAACACAUCAAAACACAAAAGUUGUGUCGCUACUUGAUUCGUGCUACUUUUUACGUAAGAGCGUUCUGUGAAUACAGCCUGUAACGCGCUACUACAGGACUCAAUAAAACCGGGUUGAAUUCCCCGCCCCGUUGUGCUGUCAUGGAGUUUCUCCCUGUGCUUGACCCGCCAGACAGACCUAAAGAAGGAAUCUGGUAUUCACUGAUACCAAGUGGAAGCCCUCCAGGUGUUAGUGUGGGUCAUACCUGCAUGUUUGUUCCCUCUGAAGACGGAGGAAAAGGAAGAAUCCUUAUUGUCGGGGGAGCCAAUCCCAGUGGCAGUUUUUCAGACUCGUAUGUUUUAAAUCUAGAUGAUCAUGAAUGGAUCAGAUCUGAGUGGAAAGGUUUAGAGGCCCGAUAUGAACACUGCAGUUUCGUGGCCCAAAGCUGUCCACGGUGCGUGUGGGUGUUUGGCGGGGCACAGCAGACAGGGAAUCGCAGAUGUAUCCAGAAACUCCAGCUAUCUGACAAGGAGCCUCGGUGGGAGAGUGUAGAAGCUAAAGGGGAGCCUCCCAGUCCCAGGACGUACCACACCAACUCUGCUUGCAUAGGGGACAAACUGUACGUGUUUUCUGGAGGGGAAGCAGGCGCUGCUCCCGUCUCCGACUCCAAACUUCAUGUCUUUGAUACAGUGUCCUCCACUUGGUUUCAGCCAGAAACACAAGGUAGGCAACCAGCAUCCAGACACGGACACAUUAUCGCCGCUGUUGGCUCCAAGAUUUAUGUCCAUGGAGGCAUGGCUGGAGACAAGUUCUUCAAUGAUAUAUAUUCCCUUGACUCAGGGCUCAUGAAGUGGGAUAAGGUGCAGUCAAAAGGAGAUAUCCCGCCAGGAGUAGCAGGCCAUUCGGCUGUGGUGCAGGGCACAAACAUCUACAUAUUUGGAGGGAUGACUGUAGAUGGUGCCACCAACUCCAUGUACAGAUUUAACACUGGGAAGAGGAGCUGGACCGUAAUGAAAUUUGAAGGAGACUUGCCCCCAAACCGCCUGGACCACUCCAUGUGUUUAUUGCCAUGGCAGCUGUAUAGGGAGGGGAAGCAGAGCAGUUCAGACGACCAGGCCAUUAAUCUGGCUUUUGUAUUUGGAGGAAUGGACACCCAGGGUGUCAUCUAUAAUGACUGUAUUGUGACUGUUGUCAAGUGAACCAAGACAAUAAAGUCUUAAAUCAA